GCAGCUAGCGACCCAAUAAAGCUGCCAAAAUAAUAAUGUCGAGGAUUGUGUGAGUGCUGCAAAGGGUAAUGAGUGAAAGAGGAGAUAGAGGACUCAGUGUUUGGCACUGAACAGUGAGGACCAUCAUUCACAGCAUUUUCCCAUCAUCUUACACGCCAAGCCGCAGUGUUGCCUAGCGCCUCAGCCCUGUCUGGUAUACUGCCAUAUGACUGGGCUCAGGUCAGCACAAAACGUGUAGAAUUGCUUCGAUCAUAACUGGAUUUUUAGUCAUUUGUACAGAGAGCGGUGUAAAGAGUUCCUUGCAGUCAGUCUGAACGAGAACACACGCUCCGUGGACAGCUCCUUUCCCACCCCGCUAGAGUACGGGUUAGUGCACUGUGUAGCGAUUCAACGGGCGGGGUAGCGCUCAAGAGGGUAGUAGAUACAGUGAUGGCUGCUACGGGCGCAUCAGGCACGGGAAUAGAGGAUGGCACCGAGACACGAGGACACCUUGACCAGCAGACGGAGAUGUCCAGGGAGAGGAUAUUGUCAGUGGAGAAGGCAUUUGCAACAGCUACGCAGGACAUGGCUGGUGUGGUGCGACAGAUUGCCAAGUUGAGGAAUGCGGGUGAUGUACUGGUGGAGAACUUUGCAAAGUACGCCGACACUGAACUGCCGUCGAUGAGAGAGAACCUGCAGGCCGUGUGUGAGUGUCUUGCAGCUGUGGAAGACCACAGGCAAGCCCAUGUUUCGCGCGUUGAAACUCAAGUAAUCCAUCCGCUGACCCACUAUGAGAAGACUUGCAAGUUAGCGAAGGACGGCCUAAAAGACCGGAAACCGGCCCGCGAGAAAGAGAUCAGCAAACAGAAGGUGUACGACAAAGUACGCCGCGAUCACCCAAACGAUACACGCAAGAUUGGCCGAGCGUUGGAGGAGAUGCAAACUGCUCGUGCCGAGGCUGCGCAAGUGUCCAAGAAAGCCGAGGAACACAUGCGAGUGUACGAACUACAAAAGCUAAAGGAUGCCAAGAGCAUAUUUGGUGACUACCUCAUGUCCUGUAUGACAUUCCAUGCAAAGUCUUUGGAGCUUUGCUCGCUGGCGUUUCAAAAUCUGAACGGUGUAGACAAGGAGACAUACCUUGAGGAGUUCCGAUUAGCAUUCCAUCGGCGGACUGCCAAACCCGGACUGUCUCAGCUAGGUGUGUCGCUGGCUGAUGGCGCCGCUGGCGCUGGUGUUGCUACUCAACAGAGCACUACAUCUGCGAUAUCCCGAUCACGCGAAGACCUGGCAGCCAGCGGUCGCCCAGCACAGCUAACGCGGGUACUAAGCCACGAGGGAGGCCGCCGACAUUCCGAGGCGGACACAGUAGGACAAAAUGGCGUUGAAGACGAUGGCAGCGAUGUCGACGAAGAUUACCUGGAAUGAUGCGGGUGCUAAGCCUUUGAACUUGAAUGAUUUGAAGUGAGUGCUGCGGGAGUGACUCUGUGUGUAAAUUAAAUUGAUACCAAGUCGUUUUCGCAUUGCAUGACACAUGAGCUGGUUAGCUAAUUAUGAGCGCUGUGAUGGCCAAAUAAUGAAAUGUAACGUCAUAAUAAUAAUAUUAUA